AUGGCCUCCCAACAGCGAAACAGACCAGAUGAACCUAGCCCCCUGUCGCAGACCAUGAAGCAGGAUCCCACUUUACGAGGCUUCUUUCAUGUCGGUCUCGACGGCGUCGUUCGAUCAAUGUCUGGUAGCUACACAGUUCUCGAUGCUCGCGGACUCAGUGCUGUGCAAAUUGCCAACAUCAUCGCGCACUUUCCCCUGACAGAGGAAGAGAGGGAUAAAUACCACGGCGUGGAUGGUUCCAACAUCACCGGUCAUGACGAGCUGUACCAUCCGAGGCCGGGGAUCCUGCCGAAGAAACCAACAGAAGCGGAGCGAGACGAGAGGCGUCAGAUCGUCGAGGCAUAUCAAAAGGAGAGGGAAGAAUCAGGAAGUUCAGUGACUUGUAGGCUACCAGAAGCGGAUGGUGUGUCGACUGAGGAUCGCCUGGCCCAGGCACGGACCGAAAUCGAGGAGCGCAAUGCACUGCUGGAGGAGAGGGACCCGACCUUGGCUUGUUGCAAGCCAUCACCGUUUGAAAAUAGUUAG